AUGACUGUAGACGACAUGGGAGCGGAGCUCUGGGCACUCGUGCACCAUCUCUUUCAAAAAUACCGCCACGACCCGCGGAAAGCGGUCCACGAGCUGGCACUGCGCACCCACACAGAGUGGCCGACCGAGCCGGAUGUACCGCUCCCAGAAAUUGCACCACAUGUCAAGCAAAGUAGCUGGUAUCAAGAGAUGUGUAGCCGCCACGCAUCUCUAGUGGAGGACUUGCGUGUAAAACACCAGCGUGACGUCGCCGAUGCUAAGGAUCUGGUGCUCAGCUUAUACCCAGAUGGCUGCAGUGUCAGCGAGUACUCAGAGGCGCUGCGUACAUGUGCGGCAGUUCUCCCUUGCCUUGUACCGUCUGACUCUAUUGAUCACCUCAUUCAGAAAAGAGGCGCUGACUUUCAGGAGAGGGGUGUCCACGAGGUGAGCUGCGAUGAGCUCGUUUCUGACGUCAUCGAAGAUCUCAUGAUUAAGGCGCUCACACCGAGACAGUGGUGGUGCCGAGGGGCGAGCAGCAUCGCACGCGCCACCAGAAUGGGCGUCCGGAGCAUGCCACCCACUCUCUACAUCGAGUAUGAGAGGCCGGCGGGUGUGUCGCGCGUCCGCUGCAUUCACCUGCGUGCGAACCUGCGGCCCAACAUGCCGACAGCGCAGCUAGCACGCCGGCUCGCGACGACACAUGAGGCACUCCUUUCUGAAGCGCAGUUUCAAUCACUGCUCAUACGAUGCCAGCGCCUUCAAGGGCAGAUCCCUGUAUCGUCAGCAGCGACAGCACCUCCCACUGGCACAGGCGUACAAGCAUCAAUGGUAGCCUUGCCGUCAACGACGGCGGAUAGCCCCUCGCCAAGCGCACUCACUGCGCGUAGCAGCAAGCCACAGAAGGCGGACUUGGGUCUUCUCUAUCGCGACCCCGACGCUGCGCUGGAAAACGUGGACCUUAACGACGCUGAUGACGUCACUCUACAAGAGUUCAAGGAGGUCAUGAAUGAACGUUUCAAAGCUAACGUCGUAAGGCCUGGUGACCCCGGCUACAUUUACGACAAGCGCGUCGCAGUGGCAAAGGCCGCUCAGAAGAGCGAGUGGGACGACGACUCUGAUUAG